AUCCUCCUCACUCUCUGUAAAAACAAGCAAACAAAGAAAGAAAAGCAUCACAAAUCUCACGCACUGUCUCUCGUUCGCGCAAAGCACGCUGCUUUUCUCCGCUUUGCGAGCACCAUAGCCUAGCCCACCAUGUGCGGCGGCGCCAUCCUCUCCGACCUCAUCCCGCCGCCGCGGCGGGUCACCGCCGGCGACCUCUGGCUGGAGAAGACCAAGAAGCAGCAGCAGCAGAAGAAGAAGAACAAGGGCGCGAGGAGGCUGCCACUGCGCCAAGAGGAGGAGGAUGAUUUCGAGGCCGACUUCGAGGAGUUCGAGGUGGAUUCCGGCGAGUGGGAGGUGGAGUCCGACGCCGACGAGGCCAAGCCGCUCGCCGCGCCCCGGAGCGGCUUCGCUAAAGGUGGAUUGAAAAACACUACUGUUGCUGGUGCUGAUGGGCCUGCAGCAAGGUCUGCUAAAAGGAAGAGAAAGAACCAAUUCAGGGGUAUCCGCCAGCGGCCAUGGGGCAAAUGGGCUGCGGAAAUCAGAGAUCCUCGCAAAGGUGUCCGCGUCUGGCUUGGCACCUUCAACUCUCCUGAGGAAGCUGCCAGAGCUUAUGAUGCUGAAGCACGAAGGAUUCGAGGCAAGAAGGCCAAGGUCAAUUUCCCAGAUGGGGCUCCAGUGGCUUCUCAGAGGAGUCAUGCUGAGCCCUCCUCCAUGAACAUGCCUGCUUUCAGCAUCGAAGAGAAGCCGGCCGUCAUGUCAGCAGGCAACAAAACCAUGUACAACACAAAUGCUUAUGCCUACCCUGCUGUUGAGUACACCUUACAGGAGCCAUUUGUGCAGAUUCAGAAUGUCUCAUUUGUUCCUGCAAUGAACGCGAUUGAGGAUACUUUCGUGAACCUGUCCUCUGAUCAAGGGAGCAACUCCUUUGGUUGCUCGGACUUUAGCCAGGAGAAUGAUAUCAAGACCCCUGACAUAACUUCCAUGCUUGCACCGACCAUGACAGGUGUUGAUGACUCCGCAUUCCUCCAGAACAAUGCCAGUGAUGCAAUGGUACCUCCUGUGAUGGGGAAUGCUAGCAUUGAUCUUGCUGACCUGGAGCCGUACAUGAAAUUUCUGAUCGAUGGUGGUUCGGAUGAGUCGAUUGACACCCUUCUGAGCUCUGAUGGAUCUCAGGAUGUGGCCAGUAGCAUGGACCUUUGGAGCUUCGAUGACAUGCCCGUGUCGGCCGAGUUCUACUGAGGGGUUUGGGGUGUAGCAACUGGUGCCUGUAUAUAUAAGGACAAAUGGAAUAAACAUUCUGGACAUCCAAGAAGCGGCAUGUGUCUGUCGGGCGCUUCUAGUUGCGCUAUAUAGCUAUGUUAGUAUGUUAGUAUGUGCUGUGUCUAGCUUAGAUGCUGAAGUCUCAAGUACUAUUUGGCAGUGAAACUAUCUAUCUGUAACUGCUAUAUGAGGCUGGAACAAGUUACUUAGCUUCUACCUUAUCUGUACUUGCUAUAGUGGCUGUGAACCUUGUGGAUCUGAACUCUGAAGCCAAUGUUUACUAUAUAAUGUGGUUGGUUUUAUAAACUCUAGUUGAUUUGGACCCCUGUCAA